UCCCCUUCUUCGCGUAAAGCUGGAAAAACACACCAAACACACGUUUCGGACUUCUUUCUCAUGUUGUUUCUGUGCGUCCUUCUUCACAGUUUCUUUUCCUGAUGAGAUUAUAAACAGAGGAGAGUGCAGCUCUGCAUGUCAGAAGUAGAAAUUGAUGGUGGAAGUUUAUUCAUGUUUACACGAAGCGGAAAUCGGGCUGCACGAGCGGUUUAGCUCGGGAGUUAGGCCGGGGGAGAAAGCGGACUAAACUCCUUCUGGACACCAAUGCAAAGCAACACAACACAUUGUUAUGUUGAGGACAUCGAGGCGAUGGUAUACCUGCUGCUAAGCUGAUGGUAAACCUCUGCACCUCAUCAUUGGACCACAGUGUUGGUUUGUGUGCAGCCAUUUCCCUCGUUUCUGUGUUUCAAAAAUGAGGAGUGUGAUUCUUCCGGAGGCGUCACUCUUAUGACUCAUCCAAUCAGUGGCAUGGAGCCUGGUUACAUCACAUUUUUGGCUCAACUCAGCUCACUUGGAACCGGGGUCAAGUAGCUACCGGUGGCAAAGAGGCUUAAAUGUAACAAGUGGUUGUUUAAGGUCUCUUGACGGGCGAUCAUGGAGUCGGUCAGCAGUCUGUCCAUGCUGGGCCGCAAGCAGCUCACUGUCUGCCUGGUGGACUGUAUGAAGACUCUGGGGGUCCCGAGGGCAGAGCUUGAAGCCCCGUCUGGUGACCUUCCAGUCCUCACUCUGAGGGAGCUGUCUGUCUCUUUGGUGGACUGCAUGAAAACUCCAGUGCUGAACAGUGACGAUAAUCACAGCAGCUUGCAGCUCAACUUGAAAGAGGAGGACGAGCAGUUGGGGAGAGAGUACGAGGGCUCAAAGCUGGAGCUGCACCCAGUCUGGCAGGACAGCGGAGUCGGAGCAGAGAUUCAUUUGUAUAAAGAAGAAGAAGAAAAUAAAAACAACAUCUUGGUGGAAAACAAACCUGAAGAGCUUGCUCGGACUGAUGGCAAAAUGUUAGUGUUUCAGGAGAACGGCAGCGGCACCAAAGGGAUGGCGUGGCUCAUACAGUGUUCCGAACUAUCAGAGUCCCUCGAAACAGCUGCACUGGGCGCCAGUUCAGAGGAGGACAUGGAUGCAAUGUCACAGCAAAGUCAGGAAGAAGAUGCUUUAUCAGACAGAGCAGAGACGGCACAGCAGGACACUGAAGCAGAGGAAGCUGAAGAUGCAGAAACCCCCGAGCCCGAGUCUGGAGCUCCUUCUUGCGUGUCUUCAACCAAUGAAAACCAAACAGAGAACCAACAGGAUGCUGCGUCUGAACCCCGACACCACCGCUGUGAGCACUGUGGGAAGUCCUUCGCAAGGAAGAGCAACGUCCUCCGACACCAGCGGCACAACUGCAGCAGAACAAAACCCACAGAAGAUUCAGACCAGCUGGAGCAGGAGACGUUCUCAUGCAGCAGGUGCAUUCUAACAUUUGACACUAAACGCGGGCUGAAGCUGCAUGAGCUCUGUCACAAAGAGAACGGUGAAAGUCACGAGGGCAAAGACAGUAAUGAGGUUCAACGAGAGAGGCCUCACACCUGCACACAAUGCAAUAAGAGCUUCUACGUGCUGUACACACUGCGGCAGCAUCUCCUCACGCACACUGGGGAGAAAUCUUACCACUGUGAGGUCUGUGGGAAGCAGUUUGGCAGGGAAGGAACUCUGAAGGAGCACAUGCUGAUCCACACAGGGGAGAAACCAUAUAAAUGCGACCAGUGCGGCAAGACCUGUGCCAGGCGCGGGGACCUCAGAAUACACAUGUUGAGCCACUCUGAGGAGAGACCUCACAACUGCAGCCACUGUGGCAAAAGCUUCAAACAGCUUUUCAAACUGAGGAAGCACGAGCGAAUCCACACAGGGGAGAAACCCUACCAAUGUCAGCUUUGCGCAAAGAAGUUUAGACUGCAGGAAUCGCUGGCAUCACACAUCCACACCCACACUGGAGAGCAGCCCUUCAAGUGCAGACUCUGCCCCAAGGCCUUCAGUAUCAGGAGCAACUUGAAGAAGCACCAAAUGAUACACACCGGGGAGAAGCGCUUUCACUGCUCACACUGCGACAAAAGUUUCCGGCUGCAGCAGCACCUGAUAUUCCAUGAGCGUGGCCACACAGGGGAGAAACCAUACAAGUGUGAAAAAUGUGGGAAAGGUUAUUGUCACCCAUCCACGUUGAAAACACACCUGUCCGCUCAUGAGGAGAAACCACCACGGUGCUCCCUGUGCGGGCGGGAAUUUAGAGAUCAGGAGGAGUUAGCCAAUCACGGGUGUGCUGAGUCAGCAGAAAAACCACAUCGCUGCUCUCAGUGUGGAAAGUGCUUUUCCCAGAUCAUGAAUAUGAAGAAACACCAGAUGAUCCACUCAGGGGAAAAACCCUUCGCGUGCAAGGAGUGUGGGAAGCAGUUCAACCACAGUGGGAAUCUCACAAAGCACAUGCGCACCCACACCGAUGAAAGGCCGUUUGAGUGUGAACUCUGCAAGAAGCGCUUCAGGCUCCUGCAGCACCUCACAAAUCACAGAUUAACUCACAACAAGAAAAAGUAGAGACUGAAUCUGAUGUUUUAGUGGAAGCAGCCGCAGAUUAGGAGGACAAACAGGGAUGACUGCUGAGAUGAGAUUACGUUGACUCAGCUUCACCCCAUUUUAAGCUUUAACUGUAGCUCUUUUAGUUGUUCUUCAUGUAAAAUGAGACGGAAGAAUGUUAGAGAGAAACUCGCUGCCUUGGUCUUUAAAUGAUAAAAUGCUUUUAGAAUUAUAGUUUGGGACAGUUUUGUAUUCUUUUAUUUUAUUUUUUUUACAGAUUAAUAUAUUAAAUUGGGGAUUUGUCCCAAAAUGAAAAGGAUGAAAAAAAUGAAAUGCCAAAAAAAGAAACUAUUUCGGGAAUAAAAGUCAAUAUUAAAACCAAAGAACU